AUGAAAGAGAAGGAGCUGGCCGACCAUCUCCAGAGCAGAACUCAUAAUACUGUGUGUCAAUAUAAGCUGAAGUCUAGCCUAAAGACAAAAUUCGAGUGUGUGUUUGAGGGGAUCGCUAAAGCAGGAAACCCAACCCUUCUGAAUCAGAUCUACACAGAGCUCUACGUCACAGAGGGAGGGACUGCAGAGGCCAGUGAUGAACAUGAGGUCAGACAGAUUGAAACAGCAUCCAGGAAACCAGACAGACCAGAAGCAACAAUCAGACAAGAAGACAUCUUUAAAGCCUCACCUGUUAAAGACAAGCCAAUCAGAACAGUGCUGACAAAGGGAGUGGCUGGCAUUGGGAAAACAGUCCUAACACAGAAGUUCACUCUGGACUGGGCUGAAAACAAAGCCAACCAGGACAUCCAGUUCAUGUUUCCAUUCACUUUCAGAGAGCUGAAUGUGCUGAAAGAGAAAAAGUUCAGCUUGGUGGAACUUGUUCAUCACUUCUUUACUGAAACCAAAGAAGCAGGAAUCUGCAGCUUUGAAGACUUCCAGGUUGUGUUCAUCUUUGAUGGUCUGGAUGAGUGUCGACUUCCUCUGGACUUCCACAAAACUAAAAUCAUCACUGACCCUAGAAAGUCCACCUCAGUGGAUGUGCUACUGACAAAUCUCAUCAGGGGAAAGCUGCUUCCUUCUGCUCGCCUCUGGAUAACCACAAGACCAGCAGCAGCCAAUCAGAUUCUUUCCCAGUGUGUUCACAGGGUGACAGAGGUAAGAGGGUUCACUGACCCACAGAAGGAGGAGUACUUCAGAAAGAGAUUCAAAGAAAAGGAGCAGGCCAACAGGAUUAUCUCCCACAUCAAGACAUCACGAAGCCUCCACAUCAUGUGCCACAUCCCAGUCUUCUGCUGGAUCACUGCUACAGUUCUUGAAGAUGUGCUGAAAACCAGAGAGGGAGGACAGCUGCCCAAGACCCUGACUGAGAUGUACAUUCACUUCCUGGUGGUUCAGGCCAAAAUGAAGAAGGUCAAGUAUGACGAGGGAACUGAAACAGAUCCACAUUGGAGUCCAGAGAGCAGGAAGAUGAUCGAGUGUCUGGGAAAACUGGCUUUUGAUCAGCUGCAGAAAGGAAACCUGAUCUUCUAUGAAUCAGACCUGACAGAGUGUGGCAUUGACAUCAGGGCAGCCUCAGUGUACUCAGGAGUGUUCACAGAGAUCUUUAAAGAGGAGAGAGGACUGUACCAGAACAAGGUGUUCUGCUUCAUCCAUCUGAGUGUUCAGGAGUUUCUGGCUGCUCUUCAUGUCCAUCUUAUAUUUAGCAACUCUGGGGUCAACAUGCUGGAAGAUCAAAUUGCUUCUAAGAAGCCUAAGGUCUUUAAAAACAAAUGUAGUCUAAAACUCCUUCAUCAGAUUGCUGUGGACAAGGCCUUACAGAGUCCAAAUGGACACCUGGACUUGUUCCUCCGCUUCCUCCUUGGGCUAUCACUGCUGAACAGUCAGAAUCUCUUAAGAGGACUCCAGAAAACAGUAGGUUCAGAGUGCAAUCAGAAAACAGCCAAGUAUAUAAAGAAAAAGAUCAGCGAAAAUGAUGCUACUGAGCAAAACAUCAAUCUGUUCCACUGUCUGAAUGAACUGAAUGAUUGUUCUCUAGUGGAGGAGAUUCAACAGUUCCUGAGUUCAGGAAGUCUCUCUACAGAUAAAUUGUCUUCUGCUCAGUGGUCAGCUCUGGUCUUCAUCUUACUGUCAUCAGAUGAAGAUCUGGACAUAUUUGACUUGAAGAAAUACUCUGCUUCAGAAGAAGCUCUUCUAAGGCUACUCCCAGUGGUCAAAGCCUCCAACAGAGCUCUGCUAGGUGGUUGUCACCUGUCAGGGGGAACCUGGAAAGAUCUUUCCUCAAUUCUCCAAUUUUCUAGUCUGAAAGAGCUGGACCUGAGUAACAAUGACCUGCAAGAUUCAGGAAUGCUGCAGCUAUCUGUGGGACUGAAGAGUGCACACUGUAAACUGGAGAUUCUCAGGAUGGCUGUGUGCAAACUGUCGUGGAGAAGCAGUGAAGCCCUGUCCACAGUUCUCUGCUCUGAGUCCUGUAGCCUGAGAGAGCUGGAUCUGAAUAACAAUGACUUGCAGGAUUCUGGCGUAAGAGGGUUGUUAGCUGGACUGGAGAGCCCACACUGUAAACUUGAAACUCUUAGCCUCUCAGGUUGUCUAAUCAGAUAUGACGGCUGUGCUUCUCUGGCUGCAGCUCUGAGAUCUAACCCCUCCCAUCUUAGAAAGCUAGACCUAAGUUACAAUCAUCCAGGAGAUUCAGGAGUGGGACUGCUGUCCACUGGACUGAAAAAUCCACUCUGGAGACUGGACAUUCUGAAGGUGGAAAACUGUGGAGAGCAAAGGUUAAAACCCGGUCUGAGAAAAUAUGCCUGUGAACUUACACUGGACAGAAACACAGCACACAGAAAGCUGAAACUUUCUGAAAACGACAGAAAAGUAAUGCUGGUAGGAGAGAAGGAGCAGACUUAUCCCAAUCACCCAGACAGAUUUGACCGUAGGGAGCAGCUCUUGUGCAGUAAUCGUCUGACUGGUCGCUGUUACUGGGAGGUGGAGUGGAGAGGAGAAGUUGACAUAGCCGUAAGUUACAGAGGAAUAAAACGGAAAGGAAACAGUGAAGACUGCAAGUUUGGAAUGAAUGAUCAGUCGUGGUGUCUGCGAUGCUCUGAUGGUGGCUUCUCCGUCUGCCAUGAUAACAAAAUCAGAUCAGUCCCUCCCUCUUCGGUCUCUAACAGAGUAGCAGUGUAUGUGGAUUAUCCUGCUGGCAGUCUGUCCUUCUACAGAGUCUCCUCUGACAAAAUGAUCCAAAUCCACACCUUCGAAACCACAUUCACUGAACCUCUGUAUGCUGGGUUCGGUUUUGUGUUUGGGUUGGGCGUUGAGUCUUUGAUGCUGUCAAUUGACUCCUCUGUGUCUCUGUGUUCAGUAUAGGACAAAUAAUUGCAUACAUCAGUCUGCAUCUGAGUAACAUCCACAAUGAAAAUAUGAUAUGGGAUUUCAGAACAAGUUCUAGCAAGAUUUCUGGAUAAGCAAACAACACAUUACAUUUCCUUUCUGCUUUAAUAUACAGUAAGAGAUGUGA